AUGGUUUUUGCUUUCCAGAUGAUGAUAAAUGGUGUGAUGGUUGCAAAGCGCAAAUUGAUGGCCCGGCUUAUAUUUGUGAAAGAAAAUGACUAUAGAUGCUAUUGGUGUAAUAAGCCUCUAUCACCAUCAGGAACAUCAUACGGCUGUUUAGCUUGCCACUUCUUCCUUCAUGAAUUUUGUAGUGUUGAUUAUAUGCCCAGAAGAUUGGAACAUCCUUUCCAUCCCUCUCAUCCCCUUUACUUGCGCUACACUUACUAUUUGAACUUGUGCAAUGCCUGUAAUAAAUUUGCAUUCCCCUCAAGUGGCCCACACUGUUGUUGUGGUGUUUGUGACUUUGUUCUUCAUUGUCACUGUGCUCAUCUCUUACCCACCCUAAAGCAUGAGUGCCACGGUCACUAUCUUACUUAUUUUGAGAAGAAAAUAUGUAGACGCAAGUGUUUCACAUGCAAUGCUUGUGGUUUUGAAUGUGUUACUGAAAGCAAGGAUGGCGCGUUCUACCGCUGUGUGCAAUGUGAUUUCAACAUCCAUCUCGAAUGCAUUCCAAUUCCACCUAUAGCCAGAUAUAGAUAUCACGGGCAUCCUCUUGUUCUCAAGGAUUUGGUUGUUGAAGACGAUACUGGGGAGUAUUACUGUGAUAUUUGUGAAGAGAAAAGAAACCCAGAACAUCAUGUUUAUUAUUGUGAGCAGUGCACAUACAUUGCCCAUAUCAAAUGUGUCCUAAUUAUCGAGGAAGAAACUUCAUCAGCAGAAGACAUUUCACACUUGGUUUGUAAGUCUGGAGAGUCCUGCGGAAACAUGGAUAGCAAAGCCUUGCUAGAAAACAUAACAGAGCAAAAGGCAGAGCAACAGAGUGAAUUUCCUGCCCCUCAGAUUCGACAUUUCAGCCGUCAGCAUCCCUUGAGCUUCAACUUUCAAAAAAAAAGAAGACAUCCCUUGAGCUUCUAUGGGGUAAACAAGAAUCCUGAAAGCCUUUACUGUAAUGCUUGCCAUCUGGAACUUUCAAGCCCAGCCUAUAUCUGUAAAAUUUGCAAUUAUUACCUACACAAAGCUUGUGCUGAAUUACCCCCAGAAAUGGAACAUCCUCUUCAUCUAAAGCAUCCUCUCACCCUCUUUCCUAAGUUUCAACGUAGAAGUGAGCUUUUUUUGUGUGAUGAAUGCAGGGACUUUUCCUCUGCCUUUGUUUUCCUUUGCCUUGUUUGCAACUUCAAGCUUGACAUGAAAUGUGCUACUGCUCUAAUUGCUCCAAGAAAUGAAGACCAAAGAGUAGUAGAAGACAUGGAGAAAUAAUCCAAAUUACUCUAUUUCCCCGACAACCACAAGAUGGUCCUUGGCAAUU